AUGUCGACCAACAACGUCGGUUACAACGAGCAGGUCGGGGACGCUCAGCCUGAGGUAGGCCAGGAGGCAGCGCCCACCACAGCCCCCUCCACCCCGGCGGGAUUCGGUCUCUUCAGCAGCGACACCAAAAAAAAUGAAGAUCUGAAACAAAUGUUGGAAAGCAGCAAAGAUUCUGCUAAGCUGGAUGCUAUGAAGAGGAUAGUUGGGAUGAUUGCCAGAGGGAAAAAUGCAUCUGAAUUGUUUCCAGCUGUAGUGAAGAAUGUAGCAAGCAAAAAUAUUGAGAUUAAAAAACUGGUGUAUGUUUAUCUGAUGCGCUAUGCAGAGGAGCAGCAGGACCUGGCACUGCUAUCAAUUAGCACCUUUCAGCGUGCUUUGAAAGAUCCUAAUCAGUUAAUCCGUGCAAGCGCUUUGAGAGUCUUAUCCAGUAUCAGAGUUCCAAUUAUUGUUCCAAUUAUGAUGCUUGCUAUCAAAGAAGCAUCAGCUGAUUUAUCUCCUUAUGUUAGAAAAAAUGCCGCCCAUGCAAUUCAAAAGCUUUACAGCCUUGAUCCUGAGCAAAAGGAAAUGUUAAUUGAAGUGAUAGAGAAGCUUCUGAAAGACAAGAGCACACUUGUAGCAGGAAGUGUUGUGAUGGCAUUUGAGGAAGUCUGCCCAGACAGAAUAGAUUUGAUUCAUAAGAACUAUCGAAAGCUGUGUAAUCUGUUGGUUGACGUAGAGGAAUGGGGACAAGUUGUCAUUAUCCAUAUGCUGACCCGAUACACACGUACACAGUUUGUGAGCCCUUGGAAAGAGGAUGGUGUUCAGGAAGAAUACAGUGAAAAGAACUUCUACGAAACUGAUGAUGAGCAUCAAGAAAGAAAUCAGAAAGUGAACAAGUCCUAUUCUAUGGACCCGGACCACAGAUUACUGCUUAGAAAUACAAAGCCUUUACUGCAAAGCCGGAAUGCUGCUGUGGUGAUGGCAGUUGCUCAACUUUAUUGGCAUGUGGCACCCAUAUCUGAGGCUGGUGUUGUUGCUAAAUCAUUAGUACGCUUACUUCGCAGUAACAGGGAGGUGCAGUAUAUUGUUCUCCAGAAUAUAGCAACAAUGUCAAUCCAGCGCAAGGGCAUGUUUGAACCUUACUUGAAGAGUUUCUAUGUUAGGUCAACUGAUCCAACUAUGAUCAAGACAUUAAAGCUCGAAAUCUUGACCAGCUUGGCAAAUGAAGCCAACAUAUCUACUCUUCUCAGAGAAUUUCAGACCUAUGUGAAGAGCCAAGAUAAACAGUUUGCUGCAGCUACAAUCCAGGCAAUAGGCAGAUGUGCAACCAACAUCUCAGAAGUGACUGACACAUGCCUUAACGGCCUGGUGUGUUUGCUGUCUAACAGAGAUGAAAUAGUAGUUGCUGAAAGCGUCGUUGUCAUUAAGAAACUGCUGCAGACUCAGCCAGCACACCAUGGUGAAAUUAUUAAACGCAUGGCCAAACUCUUGGAUAGUAUUACUGUUCCCGUGGCGAGGUCCAGCAUCCUCUGGCUUACUGGAGAAUAUUGUGAACGAGUCCCAAAAAUAGCCCCUGAUGUUCUAAGAAAAAUGGCCAAGAGCUUCACUGCUGAAGAUGAUCUUGUAAAACUGCAAAUUUUAAAUCUUGGAGCAAAAUUGUAUUUAACCAAUUCAAAACAGACAAAAUUGCUUACCCAGUACAUAUUAAAUCUCGGCAAGUAUGAUCAAAGCUACGACAUCAGAGACCGUACAAGAUUUAUUAGGCAGCUUAUUGUUCCAAACGAGAAGAGUGGAGCUUUAAGCAAAUAUGCCAAAAAAAUAUUUCUGGCACAGAAGCCUGCCCCAGUGCUUGAGUCGCCUUUUAAAGAUAGGGAGCACUUCCAGCUUGGUACUUUAUCUCAUACUCUGAACAUGAAAGCCAAUGGCUAUCUGGAGUUGUCUAAUUGGCCAGAGAUUGCACCUGACCCUUCCGUAAGAAAUGUAGAAGUAAUUGAGUCGGCAAAAGAGUGGACUUCAAUAUUAGGGAAGGCAAAGAAAGAAAAACCUGUUGAAAAGUUCUACUCUGGGUCAGAAGACGAAAGUGAUGACUCUUCAAGCAGUAGUGAUAGUGCAAGUGAAUCUGAUAGUGAGCAAGAAAAAAAGGAAGGAGGAGAAAGCAGCAGUGCUGACAGCAGUGUGAGUUCUUCUAGCGAAGAUGAAAGCAAGAGGCAAUCCAAGUCCAGAAGAGACUCUGGAGACACAGAAGAAAACAAAAUGAAGUCUAAAAAAGUACUAAGUUCUUCAAACUCAGAAUAUAGCUCACCUGAGGAAAGUUCUUCAGACUCCAGCUCAGAAACAGAUUCCGAAAGCGGUUCUGAAUUAAAAAAAUCGGUAAGUGCUUGUCUUCCUUCUAAGAAGGAAGACAAAAAUCUGCAGGAGAAGAGAGCUCCGGCCAAAGAAGUGUCACUGCUAGACUUGGAUGACUUUAAUCCUGUGUCGGCUCCCGAAACCGUUCCCAGUGUGACUCUUCUCUGUCCUACUUCAGCGGCUGAUCUAGAAGGCUUAAGUUUGUCAAGUACUUCAGUCAUUGACGUCAGUACUCCAGUUUUUGUGCCGAUGAAAACUCAUGAACUGCUACACCGAAUGAGUGGGAAAGGAUUAGCAGCUUAUUAUCACUUUUCAAGGCAGCCAUGCAUUUAUGGUGAUAAAAUGGUAUCUGUCCAAGUAACAUUAUCUAACACCACGGAACAGAAAAUAGAGAAUAUCCAUGUAGGUGAUAAAAAGCUGCCUAGCGGCAUGAGGAUGCACAUGUUUAACUCAAUAGAAUCUCUUGAAUCUGGGGAAUCUGUUACAACCUCAAUGGGUAUUGACUUCUGUGACUCUACUCAAGCUGCCAAUUUCCAGUUGUGUACAAAGGAUGAUCAGUUCAAUGUUAAUAUCCAGCCCCCUAUUGGAGAGUUACUUUUACCAGUCACUAUGUCAGAAAAAGACUUUGAAAGAGAAAAAGGAAGGCUGACUGGCAUGAAUGAAACAUCUACCACGGUGACUGUUGCACCACAGAACUCCACACGUCUUAUAAUAUUGCAAAAGGUGGUAAACAUAGCAAACCUUGGUGUUGUUCCUUCUGGUGACGAUAACAUACACAGGUUUGCAGCGAAAACUGUGCAUAGUGGGUCACUGAUGCUAUUCACAGUGGAGCUGAAGGAAGGGUCUACAGCACGGCUCAUCAUAAACACUGAGAAAACUGUGAUUGGUUCUAUUCUGCUGCGGGAGCUGAAGCCUGUCCUGUCCCAGGGGUAACCUGCUUACAUCUGGACUUCAGAAUCUGGCACACAACAAAAGUGCUUGGCAUCCACUACUGCUGCCUUUCAUUUAUAAUAAUAGCCUUUCCAUCUGGCAGUGGGGGGAAGAAUACACUCUUGACAUUCUUGUCUCCUGUUUUAGAAUGCUUUAGUGUGUAUCUAUUACACAAGCAAGUACUUUGCAUCUUUCCCCCCCUGCUUUCUAACCAAAGAACAUAUAUUUUACUGUCAGCUAAAUUCUUUAAUGUUAUAUACAAGGGUGUUUU